UUCUGGCAACCGCACGGCGAGAGAGUUGCCAAUGAGUAAAUAUUGAUAAACCACGCCUGCAAGUAACAGACUGUUUUGAAGUUCGAACCUUCUUUCUUCUAGUCCUUGUUAGCUGUGAUAGAGUUAAAACUCCUCGGUUCCCAUAUAUCAGGAAGAUGAACAGGACGAUUGACCUCACGAAAAUUCCCGAGCACCUGGGCCAGUUCUUCUACGUCAUCAGCCCGAAUAAGACCACUUUUGAGUACGAGCACCAGAUUCCGAACUACGUCAACGAUGUUGUUUAUUUGUUUGUACUCUUCAUGGUACUGGAAGCCGUCGUUGCUAAGGCCAAGGGCAAAAAGGUACACAGACUGAACGAUGGGCUGACCUCCUACGGGCAUGGCCUUGUUUAUGAGACUUGCAAGCUGUUUACCCGAGGGUUCGAACUCGUAGGCUACACCUGGCUGUACGAGCGACGUUUCAUUGACCUUGACUGGUCGUCUCCGCUGACCUGGUGGGCGGCGGCGAUAGGGGUCGACUUCGCCUAUUACUGGACCCAUCGGCUCACGCACGAAGUGAAUCUGAUCUGGGCGACUCACCAGGUCCACCACUCAUCCGAGGAUUACAACCUGACCACUGCCAUCCGCCAAUCGAUGUUCCAGAGGCUCUUCGCCGUCGGGAUGCACCAGCCCUUGGCCCUGCUGGGUGUGCCCCUUCCAGCCGUCAUCGUCCACAUGCACUUCAACCUCCUCUUCCAGUUCUGGAUCCACACUGAAGUGGUGGACAACUGCGGCCCGCUGGAAUGGGUCUUCAACACGCCCUCGCAUCACAGGGUUCAUCACGGUGCCAACAAGUGGUGCCUAGACAAGAACUACGCUGGCGUCCUGAUCAUCUGGGACCGCCUUUUCGGCACUUUUGAGCCCGAGAAAAAGGACGAGAAGAUCGUCUACGGACUGGUGUCCCAACCUCAAUCCAACAACGUCAUGUGGCUUCAGUUCUUCUACUUCAGAGAAGUCUUCAAUAAGGCCAGGAGCAUGACGAAUUGGAGUGACACCCUGAAAGCCAUCUUCUACGGCCCUGGCUGGUACCCGGGCACCCCUCGUCUAGGGGACCCGGAUGCCCUGCCUGACAAAACAGAACCCAGGCCCAAAUACGACCCAGAAAUUCCCAACGGCGAAAAGGCCUACGUUCUCGUUCACUUCUUCAUCACGUUGAUAAUCCAGCAGAUUCUGACGCAGCAGCUGAUGGAUUUUUCCUGGUACAGCUCUCUCGCUUACUCGACCUUCAUACUUGCAUCCGUGGGCAACGUGGGGGCAAUAUACGACGGCUGGGUAUGGGCGCCGGUCCUGGAGGCCGCCCGUUGCAUAGGCUACGUGGCCUACGCCCGAAAGUAUCCCGUCUUCGGGACUCCCGCCCUGGACGACGCCGUGAUGCUGUACUUCGGAGCUUCUACGCUGCUUUGGGCGUCUAGGAGUUUGGCCAGCCUGCGGCUGGCUUUGAAGACGGCCAAGAUAGAAUAGAAUAGAAUAGAGAGAGAGAGAGAGAGAGAGAGAGAGAGGAGAGAGAAAUAACAAUAAAAAAGGCUAUAACGAAGGUUAUAAAAAAAAGAACGUGCAACGCUAUCAACAGAAAUCAUUUUUCUCCCCAUCGAGACAAAAGUACCCCAAUUAUCCAUCAUCAAAGUAAAUUAGUUUCUAGGUUUUACGGAGCAGCGCUAGACCGAGGUUGUUCAGAGAGAGAGAGAGAGAGAGAGAGAGAGAGAGAGAGAGAGAGAGAGAGAGAGAUACUAUUCAAAGAGCUUGCUUUUGACACAGGGUUAGAGCAGAGAGAGAGAGAGUAGGAGAGAGAGAGAGAGAGAGAGAGAGAGAGAGAGAGAGAGAGAGGUUGGCGUGUUAUAACCGAAUAAACCAGACAAACACAUGAAAGAGAAUUGUGACAUUGAACCUUAUAAUAUUCCUUCUUUUUUUUAAUUAACAAUGAAAACUGAAUAGAAAAUAAUGAAUAUUGAAUAAUAAUGAAAAGAGAAACAACGUAUAAGAAUGUAGGCCUAUGCUUUUGUUUUAUUGUUUCAUAUAAAUAUAUUUCUCAGCCUAGCCAUGUAGCCUCUGUUUCUCCAAAUUAGACGAUGUUCUUUUUCUGGGAAUAUGUUGCGUAUCUUGAGAAUUUGAGUAGAGUGGGAAAUUAAAGGAUAAUUGUGAAUAAGAA